GGCGCCCCAUUUUUACCCUUUUUGAGGAAGAACAGAUUUCAAAAAAAGAUGAGUUAUCUUUUUUUGGUUGUCACCUGUAAAUUACUCUUAAUUUCGGGGUCUUUAUUUUUUUUAGAGUGUUAAUUGUUUAGUGCAAGCCUAAUAAAGCCAGAUUAGUUCUCUGGUGAUUGCUAGAGGUUGUUUUCUUUGUUGACUUGGCAGACACUGCAUAUGCGAAGAACAAACUGAAUGGGAAAUGGUAUUAUUUUGAUGAUAGCAACGUGUCCCUGGCCUCUGAGGAUCAGAUAGUGACAAAAGCAGCUUACGUGCUCUUUUACCAACGUCGAGAUGAUGAAUUUUAUAAGACGCCUUCACUCGUCUGUUUUCCUGGAUCCUCUGAGGGAGGGACGAGCCCAGGCAGCUCGCAGCAAGGCACAGGGGACGAUGAGGCUUGCAGCAUGGACACCAACUGAUGCUGCCUCCGAGACCCUGCCACCCCACAGCGCCAGUGUAAUCCCCCAGGAGAACAUCUUUGACACUCUGAAGACUACUAGCGUUCGGUCUAAAAACCAGAGGAAGAAAUCCCCUUCUUUUAUGAGCAGAAGAAAAAAGAGACCCUGUUUGCUCAGAAGGGUUAUGUCAAGAGGCUGAAUUAUUUUUCUUUUUAUACAGGUGGUGAGAAAUUUCUGUAAGACCUGUGGAGCUGGAAAGUAGGGGGUCAGGAGGGGGGUGCACAGUGGAGUAAGGCCGAUGAAUUCCAAAGAAUGGAGAGGAACACUGUAAUUGAUCAUGGUGGCCAUGAAGACCUGCGGCAGGUUGCCCUGAAUUUCUGGAUUUCUUAUUCUGGUGCUGGUUCCUGGUCACCCCAGCAGUCUGCCCACAGUAAACCAAGCCUCCAGUUCACUUGAUGUUGUCCCCUUCUCCCUUGCUGUGCACUGACAUGGGUUUAUAAUUCCCUCAGAAUUUAGUCCCUGAAGCCCGUUUCUGUUUCCCUUUGAGCCAUCUUGGAAUUUCUAGCUUUCUUCCCCCUAAUGAAAUGAAGAUAUUUGGUGUUGGGGUCUCCUGCCCCUCAAUCUCGUGUGGAACCUAGCAGUUCUGUUAUGUCCCUCACCAUCUUUGAUGAAUUGAGACGGUUGGAGACGGUGUGGCGCUUUUAUUAGAUGUCACUUAAAAGAAGUCGGUACACAAAACUUUCUGGGUACAGUGGCCCGUCCAGUUUCUCUCCGUUGGCUUGAGAAUGGGAACCUCUCCCUUCUUGCCGACUUUGGGGAAAUGUCUGAAAAACUGAGAAGAUGCAGAAAGGAGCUGACUGCGGCCAUUGACCGGGCCUUUGAAGGCGUCAGUCAUUCCCAGGAGUGCUCGGGCCGGCGGAGGCUGGAGCUGGACGCCGCGCCGCUCCCCUUCCCCGUCCCUGUGCACCGGCUGCUCGGCAGGAGGCACCCGCGGGCAGCCUCCUCCUCCGCGGCUCCUUUCAUUCCAGUCCCGUGUGCUCCGGAGAACGAGAGCCCUGCCUUUGCUCCAAACCAUGCCCCAGGGAAUGCAAAGCCACAUGCCUCAUGCGCGAAAAGAAAACCUCUGACCAGUAAGGAAAACCUACUGAUGCAUUCCUCCGUUUUGGCACCCGAAAGACCGUUUUGGAGAGCCGCGGGAGAUGGGGAGAACUGGAGAAAAGACAGCCUAAGGAAAGAUAUGGAGAAAGAUUUGAAGAUUGACUCAAACAUGCCACUCAGCAAUUCUAGCCAAGAGAUCACAAAGGAUCUGCUUGAUAUGAUCGACCAUACGAGCAUCCGAACUAUUGAAGAGUUGGCUGGGAAACUAGAAUUUGAAAACGAGCUGAACCGCGUGUGUGGUCGCUGCGGAGAUUCGCCCUUCAGGGAGGAAGCCUGGGCCUUGCUCAUGGACGAGAGCCCUCAGAAGGCCCCGCAUGGAGACUCCGGCAGCCUCAGGCAGACUUUCGAUGAUCACAAUAUCGUCGAGACUGUGCUGGACUUGGAAGAGGACUACAAUUUGAUGACCUCUUUUAAAUACCAGAUCGAGUAAGGGCCGUCGGCCGGAGCUUUGGUUCUUCCCAGAAGGAGGCUGCGGUUGAGGCUGUGGUCAGUGCCGCCGGGGGCCACUGCCCCGGGGCUGGCAGGAUCGGAGUGACCACACCCUCUUGAACUUCUACUUGUGUCCCUUUUUAAGCUGAAAGCCCAAUUUUUUUUUAUUCUAUUGCUUUGAAUUGUUUCUUACUGUUGAUUCUUUUCACUUUUCUUGACGUCUCAAAUGUGUUUUUUGACUGAUGUUUAAUACACUAAGUACCCAAGGUGGGUGCCGGUCGUAGGCC